UGAGCCAAUCAGAGGCAGGCCGGGGGGCGGGUCUUCCUACACCUCUCAGUCUCAACAUGGCGCUGCGGGAGCUGUCGUCGCUGGAGAAGUAUUUAGGGCUGAAGAAGCCGAACAAGUACAGCACUCAGGGGGAGAAGAAGGUACCUGUGUUACAGAAUAGCAAUGGUCCUCCACUCGUGGGGCUGGUGACAAUCGCCUGUUACUUGGUGAAAGAUGCCAAGCGCUCAGAGCUGCUCGGUGACUCUGCAGAGAGCAGGGCCGUAGUGCAGCAGUGGCUGGAGUACAGAGUCACCAGGCUGAACAAUCUCACCAAGGAUGAUGUCAAGACCAUCCUGAAGGAGCUGAACCUCUACCUGCAGGACAAAGCCUACCUGGCCGAAAACCAGUUUACCUUAGCUGAUAUUCUCAUGUACUAUGGAAUCCAACCACUCAUAGUGGACUUGGCCAUCCAGGAGAAGGAGCAGUACGUGAACCUGACGCGGUGGUUCGACCACAUGCAGCACUACCCCGGCGUCCGGCGCCACCUCCCUCCAGUAGUCGUGCUCAGGAACAGAAUUUACACCAGCAGGCACCACUGAGACCCGAUCAGACCCAGUUCAGUACAUCUCCUCCCAACUCCUCUGUCCCCUGGACCCAGAUGUUCACAAGUUGUUCAAAUAUCCGAGAGUUUAUCACAUCAAAUCAUCCUCAACUGUUUCAGUCAUUUUUCUUUGGAUUAUGAUUCCUGCCUUAAUGUUUCUUUUCUAAUUCUUGUGUUAUUUCAAAAAAUGUUUAAGAAGGAAAGAGCAUAAAACCAAAACUGAAUCAACAGUUCAGUGUUUGAGGUACAGUCACUCUAUGAAGGGAAUUCUUUCUAAUAAAAAUAGAGUUCAGUUCAUAUUCUAUAAAAAUGUCAGUGUUUUUAAUAACGUAUGAAGAGUUAGCAGUGGAAACAAGGCCUCUACUUUCUCUUUUUAAUCACACUAACACUAUUUAUAAGAAGUUUGAUGUCUUAACCCGUACUCAGUAUUGUGGGAGCAAUGUUAGACAAUUUUGGUGCAACACAGGGAAACCUACUGUUGUGCAUUUGUUGCAAGGCUGUGCAGGUCAUGGUGAAGUGAAAAGGAAAUGAUGCUUGCUUGUUAAAAGGGUGUUUCUAUUUAUAAAAUGUGGCUAAAUAUGAAAAGUCGUGAGAAUAUGAAAGGGAGACUUAAUAAGAUGUUACUGUACUGGUUUUUCAUAUUAUGUUCUGAGGAAAUGCGUCUUAUUUCAUACAAUGCAUUUCCUCACAGCAAUUUGUUCAAAUAAAAGUGGCUGCUGGUUCAACAUCCACAGUACCUGCAGCGUCUACAAUUUUCUGCCCCAAAGAAUCGAGUGCCUCAGCUUUAAUCCCCUAACAGGACUGUGUCUAUCACAUCCAACUCCCAGCCACUUCACUGGACACUUGAGUUUCUCUGUGUGUGUGCGUUCCUGAUUACAUCCCGCUCCCCGUUCCACUUUCUCACCAGUUGUGUGGGCAGCAGUGAGCAGUUGAGAGCGUCAGCCGCGGAGUCAGAGAUCAGAGUGAGGCUCCAAUCAGUCCCACUACCACCACUGUUGAUGCUGCAGGCCAGAGAGAGGGCAGCGGGCUUACCAGCUGCCACACAGAUCCAGCCAGCCAAGGCCAGAACGCGGGCCCCUGGGCGACAGUCAGCCACUGUGUGUCAUUUCAACCCUUUGCGCUCCCACGGGGAUACUGGAGAGGGGAGGAGAGAGGGAGGGAGGGAGGGAGGGAGGCCGCAGAGAGAGAAAAAAAAGAGCACCCAGAGGCACAGGGAUCUUUUUGUGACGUGAACAAUGACCUGAGCCUCCGAAGGCCUUACUGUUGCCGACUGGAUAUUUGCUAUUAGAAUCGUUAACAGGCCAAGUCGUGGCUGUGGUGGGAGAACCUGUAAAUUAACAUCACCGAGGUCGUGAUAGACAAAGAGCAGUAGGAUAAUGAGUUGUGAUCAGAGGAAUCACUUAUUUAUUUCCAAUUCCCAAUGCUUUUGCAGCCAUAUCAAACCAUUAUCAUUGAAAAAAAUGAAAAAGAUUUUCUCUUUGCAUCAAUGCUUCUGUUUUUCGUUGCUGUCUACCUCUUUUGAAAUGCUCCCAAUUCAGCCAUGUUUUUUAUUUCCUCCAUUUGAAGACGCUCAACACAUGUUUGUCUUCAGUGAAUCAUGAUCUGAUGUAUGAAGCUCAUCCUGCACCAAUAAAUCAAAAGGCAUAAGCACCUCCCUGA